CAGUCUGGCCGGGCCCCGUCCUCCCGGAGGCUCCGCCGCAGCUCGCAAUGUGACACCCGGGCGCACACGCUCGCGCGCUCUCCCGGGCUCGCCCGCCCGCGCCCUCUCUCUCACACACCCACCUCUCCCAGAAACACACACACACACAUGCACACCCACACCCACGCGCGCCCGCACCGCCCCACGCGCGCACACUCCCGCCCACGCCCACGCCGCGCUCCGGGGAGUACGGUCCCGGCCAGAGCGCGAAAGGAUACGGAGAAGCCACCCGCGGGGAGCGCAGCGGCGCCCCGGGACGCGGCGCCCUCCCCGCGCGGCCGCCUGGGCUCGGGCUCGGCCGGCGAUGGCCCCGGAUCGCCUGCUGCUGCUGCUCCUGGCGUCCGCGGUGGCCGCGAUGGAAGAGACAUUAAUGGACACCAGAACGGCUACUGCGGAGCUGGGCUGGACAGCCAAUCCCACCUCAGGGUGGGAAGAAGUCAGUGGCUACGAUGAGAACCUGAACACCAUCCGCACGUACCAGGUCUGCAACGUCUUCGAGCCCAACCAGAACAACUGGCUACUCACCACCUACAUCAACCGUCGCGGCGCCCACCGCAUUUACGCAGAGAUGCGCUUCACCGUGAGGGACUGCAGUAGCCUCCCCAACGUCCCCGGCUCCUGCAAGGAGACCUUCAACUUGUACUACUAUGAGACGGACUCUGUCAUCGCCACCAAGAAGUCGGCCUUCUGGUCUGAAGCCCCCUACCUCAAAGUUGACACCAUAGCUGCGGAUGAGAGCUUCUCCCAGGUGGACUUUGGCGGGAGGCUAAUGAAGGUAAACACGGAAGUCAGGAGCUUCGGGCCUCUCACUCGGAAUGGCUUUUACCUCGCUUUCCAGGACUACGGAGCCUGCAUGUCUCUGCUUUCUGUCCGUGUCUUCUUUAAAAAGUGCCCCAGUAUUGUGCAAAACUUUGCCGUGUUCCCGGAGACUAUGACGGGGGCAGAGAGCACGUCCCUGGUCAUCGCGCGAGGCACAUGCAUCCCCAAUGCCGAGGAAGUGGACGUGCCCAUCAAGCUCUACUGUAACGGGGAUGGGGAGUGGAUGGUGCCCAUCGGGCGCUGCACCUGCAAGCCCGGCUAUGAGCCUGAGAACAGCGUGGCGUGCAAGGCCUGUCCUGCAGGGACGUUCAAGGCCAACCAGGAAGCUGAAGGCUGCUCCCACUGUCCCUCCAACAGCCGCUCUCCUUCAGAAGCAUCUCCUAUCUGCACCUGCCGGACUGGCUAUUACCGAGCAGAUUUUGACCCCCCAGAAGUAGCAUGCACCAGUGUGCCUUCAGGCCCCCGCAACGUCAUCUCAAUCGUCAACGAGACAUCCAUCAUUCUGGAGUGGCACCCUCCGAGGGAGACAGGGGGACGGGAUGAUGUGACCUACAACAUCAUCUGCAAAAAGUGCCGGGCCGACCGCCGGAGUUGUUCACGCUGCGACGACAACGUGGAGUUUGUCCCCAGGCAGCUGGGCUUGACUGAGUGCCGAGUCUCCAUCAGCAGCCUGUGGGCCCACACUCCCUACACUUUUGACAUCCAGGCCAUCAAUGGAGUCUCCAGCAAGAGUCCCUUCCCCCCACAACAUGUCUCUGUCAACAUCACGACAAACCAAGCUGCCCCCUCCACCGUCCCCAUCAUGCACCAAGUCAGUGCCACCAUGAGGAGCAUCACCCUGUCGUGGCCACAGCCAGAACAACCCAAUGGCAUCAUCCUGGACUAUGAGAUCCGGUACUAUGAGAAGGAACACAAUGAGUUCAACUCCUCCAUGGCCAGGAGCCAGACCAACACAGCACGGAUUGAUGGUCUGCGGCCAGGCAUGGUGUACGUGGUCCAGGUGCGCGCCCGCACUGUGGCUGGCUAUGGCAAGUUCAGUGGCAAGAUGUGUUUCCAGACUCUGACAGAUGAUGAUUACAAGUCGGAGCUGAGGGAGCAGCUGCCCCUGAUUGCUGGCUCUGCGGCGGCCGGGGUCGUGUUCGUCGUGUCGUUGGUGGCCAUUUCCAUAGUCUGCAGCCGGAAACGGGCAUACAGCAAAGAGGCAGUGUACAGCGAUAAACUCCAGCAUUACAGCACAGGCAGAGGCUCGCCAGGCAUGAAGAUCUACAUUGACCCCUUCACUUAUGAGGACCCCAACGAGGCUGUCCGGGAGUUUGCCAAGGAGAUUGAUGUGUCUUUUGUGAAAAUCGAAGAGGUCAUCGGAGCAGGAGAAUUUGGAGAGGUGUACAAGGGGCGCUUGAAACUGCCAGGCAAGAGGGAAAUCUACGUGGCUAUCAAAACGCUGAAGGCUGGGUACUCAGAGAAGCAACGCCGGGACUUCCUGAGCGAGGCCAGCAUCAUGGGCCAGUUUGACCAUCCCAACAUCAUUCGCCUGGAGGGCGUGGUCACCAAGAGUCGGCCUGUCAUGAUCAUCACAGAGUUCAUGGAGAAUGGAGCUCUGGACUCCUUCCUCAGGCAAAACGACGGGCAGUUCACGGUGAUCCAGCUGGUGGGCAUGCUUAGGGGCAUUGCUGCGGGCAUGAAGUACCUGGCUGAGAUGAACUAUGUGCACCGCGACCUGGCUGCGAGGAACAUCCUGGUCAAUAGCAACCUGGUGUGCAAGGUGUCUGACUUUGGCCUCUCCCGCUACCUCCAAGACGACACCUCAGACCCCACCUACACCAGCUCCCUGGGAGGGAAGAUCCCCGUGAGGUGGACAGCUCCAGAGGCCAUUGCCUACCGGAAGUUUACUUCGGCCAGCGACGUCUGGAGCUACGGGAUCGUCAUGUGGGAAGUUAUGUCCUUUGGAGAGAGACCCUACUGGGAUAUGUCCAAUCAAGAUGUGAUAAAUGCCAUUGAGCAGGACUACCGGCUGCCUCCUCCCAUGGACUGCCCCGCAUCGCUACACCAGCUCAUGCUGGACUGCUGGCAGAAGGACCGGAACAGUCGGCCCCGCUUUGCAGAGAUUGUUAAUACCCUAGACAAGAUGAUCCGGAACCCGGCAAGCCUCAAGACUCUGGCAACCAUCACCGCCGUGCCUUCCCAGCCCCUGCUCGACCGCUCCAUCCCAGACUUCACGGCCUUUACCACCGUGGAUGACUGGCUCACUGCCAUCAAAAUGGUCCAAUACAGGGACAGCUUCCUCACUGCCGGCUUCACUUCCCUCCAACUGGUCACCCAGAUGACAUCAGAAGACCUUCUGAGAAUAGGGGUCACCCUGGCAGGCCACCAGAAGAAGAUCCUGAACAGCAUUCAUUCUAUGAGGGUCCAGAUGAGCCAAUCACCCACAGCAAUGGCGUGAGAACUCCUGUUUUUCUUGGGGAGGCAAGGAAGGAAACGGACAAAAGGGUCAAGGGGGCAGUAGAGGUCUGACACCACGGAAUGUGCUGGAAGGUCCAGGCUUCGCAGCGGAGGAGCACAUGUCCAUCGGUGAAGGCGAAAGCGGGUGGACCUGCGGCUGAGAGGCAAGCUUGGUUCCUCAGUGACGGAAGCAUGUGUGAGACGCUGUGGGAAACCAAAUGUAUCCUGGUAGAACUCCGAAGAGGUGACAUUCAGCGGAUGUGAAGACAAAAUAAUAUGCAUCAGGGUGGGGUGGGGAAGGGGCAAGCACUGAGCCCCCACCCCUGGGGGCUUGGCAGCAUCCCUGUCGGCAGGAAGAAGGGAAGGAGGUGGAGGGAGGAAAUCCAAACCGUGGCCCAUUUUCUUCCCCGCCAAUGACAUUCUUUUCUUUUCUCCUUCCGCUCUCCUCCCCCGGAGCCCGUCCCUCUGCCCUGUCCUCUCUCCCUUUGCCCAUCACGCCGGAAGCAUCUCCAAAGCUGAACCCAGCUCCCGAGUCUCCACAUGUCGUUCUGCCAGUUGCCAGAGGACGUUGCUGACCAUUGCAUGGGGAUCAAACCAAUUCAAUUAAUGUCUUCAUAUUGAAGAAGAGAUGUACCUUCAAUUGAAAACCUUGUUUUUCUUUUGUUUGCAUUUUCUGCAAAAAGGAAAAAAAAACACACAUUGGAAAACAAAAACAGAACAGAAAAACCCGUUUCUGUGUGCGAGAGCACGCUGUGUGUGUCUGUGUUUUACAAUGACUGUGCUUGUGCCGUAACAGAUGCAAACAAGAAAGAAGAGCGGGGACGUCUUUGCCCUGGCGAUCCAAAGGGGCCAGAGUGUGCUGGUGGUUGGCCAGGGUGGCCCCUCGGCUCCUUGGGACGAAAGGAGAGGGGCAACUUAAGAAUUUGCAAAUUCAGAGAAGAAACGGGAGCGGUUUGAACUGGGUGCAGUGCGGGCCGUUGUGGAAUGAUUCUGACUGAUUCCUUACUCUUGAUGUCAUCAGAAGACGGGAGCGGGAAAGCGUUUCUGGAGAACGUUCUUGCACAUCCCUGGGGUCUGCCAUCCAGUGGGGGAGGGGAGAGUCCUUCUUGCCUUACCUUGUGGACUGGCGUAAGCCGCGUGGCAUUCGAGGAAUGUUUCAGACCUGUCUGUGUUUCUCUUUACAUUCCUUAUUGUACCUCAUUGUUCAAUUCACUUUUGUAAAUUCCACCUAACAUUUAAAUAUUUUUGAUUUCUCCUUUUACCUUAAUCUCCUUGCUAAUUUUAUCUGUCUAAUUAAAAUGAGCAGAAGCAUGUCUGGUUUACAUAGAA